AUGUCAUCACAGGUCAUUCCACCAGCUCAAAAGGAAGAGAGUCCCAUGCGUGUGGGUGUUAGGUUUCGACCCUUCCUCAAGUCAGAAGUCGAAAGCUGUGGCAGUGAAAAACCAAAGUGUUGUGCAGCUUUUCACAAAAACGGAAAAAACAUUUUGAUCAAACACGGAGUUUCCAAUAGUGUCGAAUUCACAUUUGAAAGAAUUUUAAAAACGACCAACACUCAGGAAGAUGUCUUUGCAACGUGUGGCCAUGAAAUGAUGCAACGAGUGUUGAAGGGUCAACAUUGUACCUUGUUUUCGUUUGGUGCUUAUCAAACAGGUAAAACUUUCACACUUUUCGGAAAUACAACCAAAGCUUCGAAUUGGGCCUCCGAGAGUGAGCCUCAAAAGUUUGAUGGAAUUGUUCCUCGAUUUAUUCGAUCAAUUUUUAAUUAUAUUAUGAAUGAGUCGCCUGAGAAUAUUGAAUUUUCAGUGUCGUUGAAUGCUUUUGAAAUUUGUGGAAUGGAAAAUGGAAUGGAUGCUUUGAUGAAUGAUUUGUUGAAAAAUUCAAAUGUUGAAAGCAAGUUGGACGUGUUGGUGGAGGAGGAAACCAAUGUUGUGGAAAUUGUUGGACUGACGGAAGUGUUUGUGACAAGUGACGUUGAAUUGUUUGAAUCCGUGGCAGGUGCUUUGGCGAAACGAUCCAAAAAACAUAGUUCGGCCUUCUUUGAAAUUAAAUUUGUACAACACGACACUCAAACUAAUUUAACCAAAGAAAGUCGAUUUACUGUCAUUGAUUUAGAUGCAGAAAGACCUUCCGAUCCACAUCGUACCAUUCGUCAAAACGGUUGUAAAGUAUUCCAAGAUGUUGCUGAAGCUCUCUAUUCCGAAUCGGAUGAAUACGAUUACUUCUCAACUACUCUCAAAUGUUUACUCUUUUCCAGAGUUUUUGUGAACACGGCGAGUUUUGCAUUUGUGACCUUGUCACCCAUGACCAAUGUUGUGGAAGAACAAACUAUUCCAUUCUUGCAAUUGGCUUCCAAGAUUAAUGAACUUUCGAGUGAUGUCACUGUGAAUUAUAUUCAGGAACAAGAAUUGUUGACGGAAGAGGAAAUUUCACAACAAGAACUGGUACCACAACAACAAGCUCAACAAACCAUUUCACAACCAGAAAUUCAAGAAAUUCCAAAAACUCAGCCAGUCAUUGAAGAACAACCACUAUCAUCCUCAACAAUUCAAGAAAAACCUCAAACAGUGGUGGUAGAAGAUGAAAAAAUUCCUUCUGUUCAAGAAACGGCUCCAAAAGAAGAGUCUCAUCCUCAACCAUCCACUCUGAAAGAAGCAACACCCAAAGAAUUGAACCAAUCAUUAGAAACUUCAAAUACUGGUACAAUCAAGGCAUCUUCUCAAACUAGUAGUGAGAAGAUUAAAGAAAUUCCUCAACCACAAGUUGUCAUCACUCCUUCCGUGAGCGUUGUGGAUGUGAAAACGUCUGACGAUUAUCAAAAAUUAAUGAAUGAGGAAUUACUCUUGGUUCCUUCAUUAGAAAGUAAAAUUUCAUCUCUGAAAGAACAGUUAGAACAUGAAGAAGAGAAAACGGCACAACUCGAAAGAAAGAUUCUCAAACACGAGACACAAUCCAAGGAAACCAAAAAGCAAUUGAAAGAAAGUCAAUCAUUGUUAGAGCAAGCUCAAAAAGAAAGAGAUCGAUUUGAAAAACAAUUUAAGGAAUCUCAAGAAGAAUUGCAACAGUUGAAGGAGAAGUUGAUCAAUGAAGAAUCGAACAGGGAUGAACUUGCUGAAAAAUUAGCAGAAUUUGAAAAGAAUAAUCAACUUGGCAAAAACAUUGAAGAAGAUUACAAGUCACAAAUUCAAAAACUUCAAAAGGAAGUUCAAGAAUUGAAAGAAAGUUCUAAAAAAGCCAAACCAUCGGUAUCCACUCCUCUCGAUAAAAAAUCAGAAGAAAUCGAACAGGAAACUAUUUCACACUUGAAAGCUCAAUUCGAAGAAUUGAAAUCCAUCAAUGCAGAACUCUCUUCCAAAUUAGAUCAAGUUGAAAAGAAGAACAUUGAACUCGAAGAAGAAUUAGUCGAAGCAGAGAAAAAAGCUCUCGAAGCGGACGAUCCUUCUCAUCAACUCAUUGAAAAGUUAAAAUCCAAAAACAAGCUCUUAUUGGAACAACUCAAUGCUGCUAAAAGAGAAAAUUUGAAAGCACGUGAAAAGACCUCUGAAACUUCAAUGAAAACACUCGAAGUGAAAAUUUCAGAAUUUCAACAAUUGGUGUCACAAUUUAGUAGUGGCUCACCUUCCAUAGAACAAACAGUCAUCAAAUCAACCACUGCUACAGAUUCACAACAAGCUUCAUCCAAUGCAGAAGAAGAUGAUCUUUCAUUGAAUCCACAAGAAAAGUUGAACAUGCAAAAAUUGAAAGAAAAAGUUACUGACCUCACCAACAAACUCAGUGCAGCUCGAAAGAAGUCAACAGAAAUGGAAAUUGCAAGAAUGAAAUGGCAAGAAGGUGAAAAAACAUUUAAACAAAAAAUUACUCAUCUCGAAAAUGAAAUGGAAGAAUUACGACAAAAAUUUGUAUCCAAAGAAAAUUCACUCAAAGAAGAAAUUGACCAACUUCAUAUGGAAAUUAACACACUCAAAGAAAAUGAACAAAAACUUCGAAAUGAAACUAGAAAACUCGAAAAGGAAAAGAAGGAUCUCGAACAAACCAUCAAGACUGAAAAUGCCAAUCGUAAAAAGAGUGUCAUGGUGUUACAACAAGUGCAUGAAAGUAAUAAUGGAAUUUUACGAAAUGAACUCGUUCAAGCGAAAGAAAAAAUUGAAAUGUUAGAACGUGAAUUGAAGAAACAAGGAAUUUUAUUUAACACUGGCUCUGCAUUGAUGAGAUCUCAAUCCAUUUCACCUACUCAAUCCAAUGAUACCUUGAAUAGUACCAAUAAUGAAACUGCAGUGGUCACACCUCCUAAAACAGUGAAUGAAAAUUCAGAGAAAAAAGACAAAAUACCAAAACAGCAAAAUAUGAAUUCAAAAAGAAUUUCAGUAAGAAUUAACAAGAAUACAAUGCAACAAGUUCGUUCUGAAUUGGAAUCAAAUCGUACACAACAACAACAGCAGUUGAAGAGUCCAUCCAAGAGUCCAGCAAAGAGUCCAGCACUUUCAACCUCUUCAUUGGAUUCCAUGGAAGAUGUCAAACAUGUGGUCGAUGAAGAUGACGAGGAAUAUGACGCUGCUGAGCCCACAAAUUCUGCCGCUUCAGACUAUAAUCCACAACUGACUGAAGGCACCAUUUCCGAAAAUGUAAAACCCAAAUUCGACAAGAAUGGAAAUCUUUACAAGAAGGGACCCAAAAUUAACAUUUUCAAAAAGAGAUUUUUCAAAAUUGAUGGACAUCACUUGUAUUAUUUCCAUGAUGCCAAAGAUCUCUCGAAACCUUUAGGUGUUAUUGAUUUACGAGUGGCUCUUUCAGAAAUUGCUCCAGAAAAAUCGAGUAAUAAGAGAAGAUUUGUAUUCAAAGUGGAAAUACCGGGAAAGAUUUAUUACAUGUCGGCUCCAUCCAAGGAAGAUCGAGAUGAAUGGGUUGUUUCUUUGCAACAAUUGAUUCAAAAACUCAAAGAUGAAAAUUCUUUUUAA